UUUGAUCUUUGUAGCCGGGGGAGGGGCUUGGUAUCCGCAAGCGAGGCGCACGAUGUCCCACUCCACACGCAAACUCAAGAACCUUUGAAUACCGGCUUUAGCGCAUUGUUUCCCCGUCUGUAUGGAUAACGACAAGAUGUUAUCUUACUGUGGCGAUGCUAUGCUAUUUUACCUACCACAGCCGGUAACACCACCCUUUUCAAUUCUAUAACAGAUUACAGUUACCGGUUCCUCCGGUUCAUCACCCUUGACCAUCCCCAACCUUUCUCGAGAUCUAUAAAAGCUCAGCCCGCCCCACGUUUCUAUGUUUAUUUCUGUAGACAAUUAACGCAACCUAAUUGUAAAACGUAUCGUUUCUAGCUCCGGCUGAUCUCGUACUCGUUCCUUUAGAUUCUUCCGGAAGCAUUAAGAAGUCCUGAGGAUGGCGGAUAAUGAGGAGGGAAAGGAAAAUAUCCCACAUGGGAACGAAUGGGAAGUUGUGUCCCUUACUGCAUCUGCAUAUGCGGCUGCUCCUGGUCCUAAAGAAGUUGAAGUGAAGGAUGAUAGCACAGGUGAUUCAUACAAAGCAGAGGAAGCAGAAACUUCUCGUGCUUUAUUCAUGUCUGGUCACUUUGUCUUUCCCCCCAGUGAGCAUGAGAAUUUGCCACUGAAACCUUUGGAAUCUGAUAAUAGUAGUGAACAUGUACGGAAGGAUGUGGUCCCUGAACCAGGUGUAGAAGAAGGUGGUAGAUCUAGGACAAAGGAAGAAGAAGAAGGACCUUUGAAAGGGUUGAAUGUACAUGAUGAGUUUCCAGGUAUGCAAUUUUUUAAUAAAAAGCAUGGUACAGAGUUUGAAGAAGGCGCAACAUUGCCAGGGAUGGACUUGAUUAACAAGGGCCAGAGUUUGUAUAGUGCAGCUACAUUUAGUUCUUUCCAUGGUGAGGAAGCACUUGGUGGAUCAACCACCUUUGGUGAGGAUACACCUGUUUCUGAACUUGUUGAAGCUUCUGAGCAAGGGUUAGAUUUUCCUGCUGACAUCCCUCAGUCCCCAAAGCCUUUACAAGAGGAUAAAUGUGAUGGCUCUGACCUCCCUUGUGAAGCUUGGUGGAAGAAAAGAGCAGUUUCGUUGUAUGCUCAUGCAAAAGAGGCAAAUGCAUUCUGGUCCAUUUUCAUUGCAGCGGCUGUGAUGGGUCUUGUGAUUCUUGGGCAGCGUUGGCGACAAGAAAGGUGGCAGGCAUUGCAACUUAAGUGGCAGCUCAGCAUGAACAAUGAGAAGACUGGUCGGAUGCUGGGUUCCAUAUCUCGCCUUAAAGAUGUGAUUGUUGGUGGCCAUCGCCGGGGUUCUUUUGUCAGGGGCAACUUCCCCAGUGACAGUUAAAACUUGUGAUGAUGAUGAAAAAGCAUAGUGAGCGAGUGAGAUGGAGAUUGAUUUGGGUGUUAAUAUGUGAAUUUGCUGUUUGGUUAACUUAUUUGUCUUAUCUCUUAUGAAACGCUACAUGGCUGCAUGUUAAAAGUUUAUGUGAUUUGUGUUUUUAUUA